GAACAAAGGUUAAAUCAUGUGUAUAUAAACCAGUGAGAGAAACCGUAAAGCACACUUCCUCGAGUAACACAUAGAAGUAUUACAAUAGCAAUACUUUGAAGAUGAAAUUCGUAUUGGCACUGUUGGCCUUCGUGGCUACGUCCACUGCAUGGACAAUCCCUAAUGUCGGCAGAGGUGAACUCGCAAAGGAACUUCAGGAUUUCUUGGACCUCCUGCCUCAGCAAGAAAUAGCUUCAAUCACCCUCCAAUAUUAUGCCCAAGACGCGGAAUUCAAAGCUAUGAUUGCAUACUUCAAAUCCGAAGGGUUCAAGCAGCUUAUAAAAGAGAUCCAAGCUCUACCUGAGUAUCAUACUCUGAUGACGUACAUGUAUAAUGCUGGUCUUGAUGUUUACCAGCUGGAGGAAAUGCUAAACAGAUGGCUUGGAAUCAUACAGUUCAACUUUGAUGUACAGAUCACUGGUGGAAUUCGAGGAUACGUCGAUGAUAUCAGGGCCGUUAUUCGUCCCGUUAGGGACCAACUUGUCGCUCUCUACAAACAAAAGAUGCAAAAUUCCCAAGUGUUCCAAGAUUUCAUCACUCAAUUGCAAUCCCCGACUUUCCAGGAACUGGUCAACAAAGUUUAUGUCAACCCUAAAUUCCAGGAGCUUUUGGGACACGCUGCAAACGCAAACAUUGAUCUUAAGCUCGUCAGGGACGUGCUAAAAACUAUUCUCGGCAUCGACAUUCCUUCCUAUAUUUUCAAAUAUUAAAUGUCAUUAGUACAAUAAAAAUAAUUGAAUUAAUACAUUAAGAGAAUUCGAUUCUGUUGUUAGAUACAUCAAUUGCUUUCAUAGCAAUUGUCAAUGUUUUCAAAUCUAAAAAAAAUAUUGUAAAUUAUUCGGCCAUGUAUAAUUGUGUACAUCACUUCUACAAAGUAACAAAUAAAAAACAACUUUUUCUAUACAC